AUGGGUGGGGUAGCGGAUAUAGGUCCCCAGCGAAAGUUGGAUCUAAACCUACCUGCGAACGGCCUAGAACCGAACUUUGAGAUCCGCGGGAGUCUACGCUACGCGGAUAGCUGGACGGCAUUCACCGGCCUAAGCUGUAAACCCGGAGCCCAGACCGCAAGGGCUCGGUUUGGCUAG